AUGCAGAUAUUUGUGAAAACACUCACCGGAAAGACCAUCACACUUGAAGUGGAGAGUUCUGAUACUAUUUUCAAUGUCAAGGCGAAGAUCCGUGAUAAAGAAGGCAUUCCUCCAAACCAACAGAGGCUAAUUUUUGCUGGGAAGCAGUUGAAUGAUGACAGAACCUUGGCUGAUUAUAACAUUCAGAAGGAAUCAACUUUGCAUUUGGUUCUUCGCCUACGAGGUGGGAUGCAGAUAUUUAUCAAGACAUUGGCAGGGAAAACGAUCACACUGGAGGUGGAGAGUUCUGAUACAAUUAACAAUAUAAAGACAAAGAUUCAAGAUAAGGAAGGCAUUCCUCCAGAUCAACAAAGGUUGAUAUUUGCUGGAAAACAAUUGGAGGAUGGAAGAACUCUGGCUGAUUACAGCAUUCAGAAAGAAUCCACUCUUCACCUUGUCCUACGCCUACGCGGUGGGAUCUAA